UAGAAUUAUUACAACUUUCAAUGUGAACGUGGUCGUUGAACGUGUUCUAAUCUAAUAUCUAAUCUGAAUUUCUGUUUUCUGCUUCUAAUUUCAAGUAAUUAUUUUAAAAGUACCUACCAAUUAUCGUCGUGAAGGCAUAAGUUCUACAUGUGUAGUUUUAUUCUAUUCGUUAUUACCUAAAUAGGUAUUCAAUAAGAAGCAUUGCAAUCAAUAAUGGCAAAAAUAGUUUUGUAAUUUAUAAUUAUUGCAUCAAGGCACAUCACUUCAGGUUCCAUUACAAAAAUGGCUUUGGAAAAGGAUCUUAGAGUUUUAGAAAAGAAUAUUCCUGGUCAGCCCUAUAGCAUUCUACUUGAGAAGCAGAAUGUGGAACCUGGUUUACUUCUAGGGUCUCAAGCUAUAAUCCUUCUCGAACGAACUGAGAAGGACAUGAAGAAAAAAGAAAUGAAUGAAUUAUUUGACGCCUAUGGAAUUUUGGGAAUCCUGACUGCAAAUUCAGGACAAUACCUUAUUAUGGUAACCGGAAUUGCAUUUGUGGGCGAUCUAGCUGAUGAUUUUACCAGUAUUUAUCGCAUCACGCAAACGACCUUUAUUCCUCUUCGUGGUCCGUGUGCUGACAAUGAGGAAAUAUCGGAUUUGAGAAAGUUUCUAAACUCAGGAAUGUUCUAUUUCUCAUGGAUGCCCGGCAAUAACCCACCCCGUGAUAUCACGAUGUGUGCCCAGAGGAAGGCAAAGGUCUUCCAGCCGGACAACCGAUUCAUGUGGAAUCGAACUCUGCAUGUUGCCUUUAUCAUGGCCGGCAUCGAAUGCGAUGUGUGGCUACUGAGAGUGAUUUGUGGAUCCGUUCAGAUUCGCACAGUGUUUGUGGGGUCUAGAGAAGCGCGUGCUAUAAUUUUCUCUCGCAUAUGCCUUGAAAGAGCAGGUACAAGAUGCAGUGUUAGAGGGCUAAAUGACGAAGGCUUUGCAGCCACUUUUGUUGAGACCGAACACAUUACUGUCUUUAAAAAAUCUUACACAUCGUAUGUCCAGAUUCGGGGAUCAGUGCCCAUAUUCUGGGAGCAGCCUGGAAUCAAGGCUGGAUCAGAAAAAGUGAGGAUUUCAAGGGAAUUCAUACCUACUAUCAUACCUUAUCAAAAACAUGUGAUGGAUCUGAAAGGAAAAUACGGUCAUCUGAUAUUUGUCAAUCUUUUGAGCAAAUCUCCUAGUAAAGAAGGAGAAGCACUACUCAGCAAGGCAUUUGAGGCUCAUCACUGCUCGUUGCCAGAAUGUGAAGACAUUCCUUUCGUAUCAUUUGACUACGACGAAGAAAGCAGGGUGGAGGGAGCUCUGAACAAGUUAAAGAGCAAAGUUGAUGAGCAUAUGCAAGCUCACAGCUUUUAUUUCAUACAUUGGGAUGAUGAGAAAAGAGCGUACGAAGCAAAGAGUAUUCAACAUGGCACAAUAAGAACUAACGACCUUGAUUGUCUAGACCGUACUAAUAAUGUACAAUCAUUUUUUGCACUUGAGAUGCUUGAGAAGCAGCUGGAGGUGUUGGGUGUGCUCCAUUUGCAGAACAAAGAUCACAUGCUCAGUAGCUUCCGCCAAGUAUUUAAGCAGCUUUGGGCCGCCAAUCUAAAUGAACUGAGCAGAUUUUUUACCGGCUCUGGAAACACCAUGGUGAUGGAUGUUGCACAUUCUGCUGCCGAAAGUCAAUUACAAGACACUCUUCCAGACACGAACAAGCAAGCAGCAAUUGAUCUUCUACUCGGCAAUGCGGAUGCUGCUGAGCUAGCUGACAAAGCUAGAUGUCUGCUGGCACCUUCAAUUUUUUAUGCUCCAUAUCGUGUUUUAAGAGAGAUGAUUACACGUUCGCCUAUGUACACAGAAAACAGGAAAUUGCGAAUUUCCAUUGGCACAUAUAAUGUUAAUGGAGGAAAACAAUUUGGAGGCAGUGAAUUCAAGUUAGUGCCAUUGGCCGAUUGGCUCUUGGAUUGUUACAAAUUCAAACAACGAAGAUGCGCAGGUCCCAUUCGUAAUCCAAAUCUGAGAAUUGGGCCUACAAACUUCGGUACAGAGAUCUUUGCAAUUGGAGUGCAAGACAUCGUAGACUUGAACGCUGCUGAUAUAGAUAGCGCUAGUGCAGAAAAUGCGAAAGAAUGGGGGCGAGAUCUAUUGAGAGUGAUUUGUCGGGAUGAGGAAUACACAAUUCUGACCUAUGUGCAGUUGCUUGGAGUCUGCUUGUACAUUUUUGUCAAACCUCGCCUCAUACAAUACAUACGAGAUGUGGACGUGGGUUCGGUGAAAACGGGACUAGAAGGCGCCACUGGUGGGAAUAAGGGAGCAGUGGCGGUACGAUUUACGGUGUACAGCUCAUCGGUGGCGUUUGUUUGCGCUCAUUUAGUCGCCGCUGGCCCAUCGCAGGUAGCCCAAACAAACGCUCAACUCGAUAAAAUCACCAGCCAAAUGUCAUUUUCUGGACGAUCUCUAAACAGCCAUGACUAUGUAUUCUGGUGCGGCGACUUCAACUACCGCGUUGACAUGAGCCGAGAAGACAUUAUGAAGUGUCUCAAUGAGGGCAAACGACUAGCUGCUUUUGCUCAAGAUCAGCUUGUGAAAGAGCAACAAUCUGGGAGAAUUUUUCCAAAUUUCCUAGAGGGCCAUAUCAACUUCGACCCAACUUCGAAGUACGAACCAUUUUCUCUGGAGUACGAUACUAGCGACAUGGAAACAUCGCCUGCAUGGACUGACAGAGUUCUAUGGAGGAGGAAGAAGCAGUUUUAUGAACAUGAUGCUGGAUGGAGUCAAGGUAGAUGUCUGUUCUACGGUAGAGCCGAACUGGUCCAAAGCGACCAUCGACCUGUCAUUUCUAUUAUCGAAAUCGACAUUCAGCAAAUUGACAAAGAGAAGCGAUCCGAAGUGUUUGAUCGCGUCAUCAAUGAUCUUGGACCACCCGAUGCCACUUUCACUAUCCAGGCUGUCGAUGCUCAAGAAGACUGCUUCACGGACGAUUACAUUAGCGCAGUUGUGCGUAGGUUCUCCCAUUUCGGACAAGUGCUAUUCUCGAGACAUGUGCGAUUCAAUACACUGGUGUUGACACUCCGGGAUGGCCAACAAGUCAAGGCAGCUUGCAAGAGACGCUUGUUCAAGGUGCGGGGUGUGAAGCUGUACACGUCCUAUACCUCUUCACCUUCAAAGUGGAAUAGAUUCUACUUGAAUCAAAUCGAGAUUUGCAGCAGUAAAACUGGUGCAAUGAACAGCUACUUGAGACCACUAUGGAUUUGUGAUUCCAUCAUCCAACAAGAAGACGACGCAACUGAAGACGAAGCAAUUGCUUCGACAUCGGCUGCGACUCAUGAACCAGCGCCAGUGCAGGUGGAACCUUACCUGGCUCCAAUCGAAUUAGAGGAUGGACAGGAGGAGAUGCCACUUGAGGAAGCCGCACUGAUUAAAGCUAUGCAAGAUUUACAAUCAUUUAGCUUGAUACCAGCGCCGCCGUUUAUUGCAGUGAUUCCACCUCCACUGCCGCCUUUGUUGAGGCGACUCAUCCGCGCUGACCACCACCCACCAUCCUUACCCCCCCACCAUUAGACGUGUUUAUGCUAACACGCUAAUCAUACCACCAUCUAUCCUAUUGGUGGACUUAACAUUGUAAAUAAGAAUGAAUUCUUAUCGAUUAGAAUUCUUUUGCUUAUGAUUAUAAAUAACAAUGUUUGAUGUGUAAAGCCUCCACAUUCCAUUAUUAUUCGUCAUGUAAGUUUUCCAUAAUGCAAUAUAACUACUUAUAUGUGGACUUACAGUCAUAUUAAACAUACUAGUCAUUCUAUUUCCUAAGUUUAUGCUAAUCAUACGAGGAUACAUAUGAAAUUGGUGGAUUAGAAUUUUUUGUUUAUGAUUGUAAAUAAUAAUAAUUUUUAGAUGUGCGAUUACGACGCAUACAAUCAUUAUUUCUUGUUUUUCCAUCGUAGAAGAACUACAAUUGCAACUCAGGAAUCCUCCCGUCGAUUCUUAUUUUUUAUUUUGUUUAAUUAAAAACAUAUUGUUUUUAUAUUUUGUGUUGAUAACUUCUUUCUGUGUCCUAGGCUUAGAGUUUUUCUUAUUUGAAAUUAAUUUUUGUAAUCGGAGUUGUGCAAAAUACUUUCCACUCCCGAUUUUUUUUAGAGUAUUUCAAUAGGGCUAGAUACUUGAAUUGUAAUUAAUAAAGAACUAAUUUCAUAGUACCCUAUUUUAAAACAUGUUUAAAUGAACACUUACAUAAAACACAACUAGUUUCGGCAUUCAAGCCAUUUUCAAGUUUUUUCCAAAAUUCAUUCUGGAAGAAGAUAAUUUGAAAAUAUUUGUUUACUGGAAAUAGUAAUUCAUUUUUGAAAAAGAAACUUGAAAAUGGCUUGAAACCUGAAACUAGAUGUUAUGU